AUGUCCGAGAAGAAAAUCAAGUCAAAGGAUUUGACUUACGAUUCUUCUCUGCCACCAUUCCUACAAAGACUGCACGACCGCAAUGCCGGCCGAGGAGAUGCAGACCGCCACGAGAGGCCGCUAGCACGACCCAAGAAGGCCAAAGAUCCUCAUGAGGAUGACGGACCAACUGUCGUCGACGAGACUGGCGAGACUUUGAGCAAGGAGGAGGUAGCCAAGUUGACGGAUAUGGCGACACCGAUCGAUGGCAGUGCCAACGUCAAAGGGGACACAGAUCUGGAUGCGGCACCUGAGGCCUCGGGCGCCGUACCUCCUCCCGAGCCCGAUACGCAAAAAGGCUCCAAGUCGGCAACUUCUAAUGUCACUGAUGGCACGGCACAGAAGAAGCGCAAAGCUGUCAAGGUCGUCGGGGACGAUGAUGCCGCAGAUCCAGCUAAAGAGCUCGGCUCUUCGAGAGCAAGCAAAAAGGUGAAGAAGAAAGCCAAAGUCAAACUGGCAUUCCACGACGAGGGCUGA